CUACUGGAUUCAAAGGAAUCGCAGGCGGAGCUGGGCUGGACCUCGCACCCAUCCAACGGGUGGGAAGAAAUCAGCGGGGUGGAUGAGCAUUACAAGCCAAUACGCACAUACCAGGUCUGCAAUGUCAUGGAGCCAAACCAGAACAACUGGCUGCAGACGGGCUGGAUUGCCCGGCGCGAUGGCCAGAGGAUCUUCAUCGAGCUGAAGUUCACCUUGCGGGACUGCAACAGCAUCCCUGGUGUGACAGGCACCUGCAAGGAGACUUUCAAUCUGUACUAUGUUGAGUCCGACUCCGACCUGGGCCGGAGCAUCCAUGAGAGCAAGCACACCAAGAUCGACACCAUCGCCGCUGAUGAGAGCUUCACACAGGGGGACCUGGGUGAGCGGAAGAUGAAGCUGAACACGGAGCUGAGGGAGAUUGGGCACCUGAGCAAGAGAGGCUUCCACCUUGGCUUCCAGGACGUGGGUGCCUGUGUGGCGCUGGUCUCCGUGCGGGUCUAUUACAAGAAGUGCCUGGCGACGGUGCAGAACCUGGCCAUGUUCCCAGACACGGUGGCAGAGACGGCGUUUGCCACUCUGGUGGAAGUGAAGGGCACUUGUGUUGCUCAUGCCCAAGUGGAUGUGGAUAAUCCGCCCCGGAUGCACUGCAGCGCUGAGGGCGAGUGGCUGGUCCCCAUCGGGAAGUGCACGUGUGGUCCUGGCUUUGAGGAGAAGGACGGGGGAUGCAGAGCUUGCCUCCCUGGAUUCUACAAGCUUUCCCCCCGUCUCCCUGUCUGCUCUCCCUGCCCUGAGCACAGCUUUACCCAUGAGGAAGCCUCCACGUUCUGUUCGUGUCAGAAGAACUACUCCAGGUCUCCAUCAGACCCACCAUCUGCCUCCUGCACACGCCCACCCUCCGCCCCUCGGAACCUGGUGUACAGCCUGCGGCAGUCAUCCCUGGUGCUGGAAUGGAGCGCUCCCGCGGAUGCGGGCGGCCGGAGCGACCUCACCUACAGCCUGUGGUGCGUGCGGUGCCCUGCGGCUGUGCGGGGCCGCUGUGAACAGUGCGGCAGCAGCGUGGGCUUCGUGCCGCAGCAGACGGGGCUGGUGGAGCGCACCGUGACCCUCGUCAACCUCCUGCCCCACGUCAACUACACCAUCCGUGUGGCUGCACUCAACGGGGUCUCGGGGCUCAGCCCCCAGUAUGCUGAGGUCAACGUCUCCACUGGCAUUACAGCAUCAAAUCCUAUCACUGACAUCCGCACAGAUAGAGUGGAGCAGAAGAGCAUCUCCUUGUCAUGGCAGGAGCCGGGCUUCCCGACCACAAACGGCACCGAGUACGAGGUCAAGUACUAUGAGAAGGAUCAGAGAGAUCAGAGCUACUCAACUGUGAAAACCACAUCGACGGCCGUGACGGUCAAUAACCUGAAGCCUGGUACCCUCUAUAUUUUCCAAAUCCGGACAUCCUCCUCUCCAGACUAUGGGAACUACAACCCCAGCAUCGAGGUGGAGACGCUGGCAGAGUUGUCGGUGGCCUCCAGUGAGCAGAACCCUGUCCUCAUCAUUGUGGUGGUGGCCAUCGCGGGGAUGACGGUGCUGGUGUCCAUGGUGAUCGGCACCAUGGUCUGGAGGAGACAGUGUGGAUACAGCAAAGCCAGCCAGGAUGGGGAUGAGGAGCUGUACUUCCAUUUUAAGAUACCAACCAGGAGGACGUACAUCGACCCUGACACUUGUGAAGACCCCAUGCAGGCCGUGCACCUCUUUGCCAAAGAGCUGGAUAACGCUAGUAUUAAAAUUGAGAGGAUCAUUGGGACAGGGGAGUUUGGAGAGGUCUGCAGAGGGUGCCUGAAGCUGCCCAGCAAGCGGGAGCUGCCGGUGGCCAUCCAGACCCUGCGGGCAGGAUGCUCGGAGAAGCAGCAGCGUUCCUUCCUGGCAGAGGCAUGCACCAUGGGCCAGUUCGAUCACUCCAACGUCAUCCGGCUGGAGGGGGUCAUCACCCGAGGGAGCACUAUGAUGAUAGUGAUGGAGUACAUGGCGAAUGGUGUGCUGGACUCUUUUCUCAGGAAACAUGAGGGGCAGUUCACGGCCACCCAGCUGGUUUGCAUGCUGCAGGGGAUUGCCUCUGGCAUGAAGUACCUGGCAGAGAUGGGUUACAUCCAUAAAAACCUGGCUGCCCACAAAGUCCUCGUGAACAGCAGCCUGGCUUGCAAAAUAACUGGUUUCAGACGGCCACAGGAGGAUAAGAUGGAGACCAUCUUCUCCACGAUGCGUGGGAAGAGCCUGGUGCUGUGGUCAGCCCCUGAAGCCAUCCAGUAUCACCACUUCAGUCCGGCCAGUGACGUGUGGAGCUUCGGCAUCGUCAUGUGGGAGGUCAUGUCCUAUGGCGAGAGACCCUACUGGGACAUGUCCAACCAGGACGUGAUGAAGGCUGUGGAGGACGGGUUCCGCCUGCCCGCCCCAGUGAACUGCCAGCCCCCCCUGCACCAGCUCAUGCUCGACUGCUGGCAGAAGGACCGCAGCCAGAGACCCAAGUUCUCGCACAUCCACAACAUCCUCAGCAAGCUGGUGCAGAGCCCGGAGCCCCCAAAGUGCCCCAGCUCCACGUGCUCCAGGUCCCACAGCACCUCCAUCCCCCUCACCGAGAGAACCUUCUCAGCCUUCCCAUCUUUCAGCUCCGUAGGCGAGUGGCUGGAAGCCAUAGAAAUGGGCAGGUACAAAGACAACUUCACUGCUGCGGGCUACUGCUACCUGGAGUCAGUGGCCAGGAUGACAGCCCAGGACAUCCUCAGCCUGGGCAUCACACUGGCGGAGCACCAGAGCACCAUCCUGAGCGGGAUCCAGACCCUGCGGGCGCAGGUGAUCCAGAUGCAUGGCCGAGGCGUGCAGGUGUGAAGCUGAGCCCUCAGCGGUGCAGAGCACUGACCCGGGGGCAGGCAGCCGCCCGGCCCCACACCGGACCAGAGGUGGGAUGUAGGGAUCACUGAGCUGCUGCCAAACCAGCGGGGCAGGAGCACAGGGCAUCAGGAAGCCAAGGAUUCCCGGGAUGUGUGCCUCGGUGGAUGCGGCUCUCCCUAGCACUGUUGUGUGUGAUGAGUCAAACUGAUGAUGCCAUUUCACAUGGUGAUUGGGUUAACAGGGUGGAUGGACGUUUGUGCGCUGUCUUAAUCCAGAGCUGACAGCGCUUUCGUACCUAGCAUCCUACUGGUGAGAUCCAUGGGUAUUUUUAUACGAGCUGACACGUUCAGGCAACCCCACAAGGAGCUUUUUAUUGCUUUUAUUUUUAGAGACCGGAGCACAGCUCCCACCCAGCGCCCAACUUCUGGAAGGUGACUUUCCCCAUCUGCUAUGCUGAAGGCAACCCUUUCCCAGCCGCCUCCCUUCUGCUCUGAGUUACUUCCCUGUGUCUCGAUGCCACGGUUGGUGAACAGAACCAAAACCCUCUCCACUAAUGUGCAGAGCAAAUGGUGCUGAAUGUUUCUGAGGCUCUCUUGGCAAGACAGUUUCAAGGGGAGAAAGGAAAAGCUUUGAUGAAGGGAGCCAUAACCAAGAGAGGUGAAGCAGUGGAGCCCUUGGGCUGCCCAGGGUGCUCUCAGCCUUUUGUGCAGGUCCCAGUCCCCCUGGAGCCCAGCAGUGGGGUGGGAGCUCACAGACCAGAGCAGCAGCAGGCAGUGCGCCUGCUGUGUUAUGAAUAGCACUAAUUCAACCCACAGCAGCAGUGGGAGCAUCCCAGUUCAGCCAGAAAUGGGCUGGAAAGCCAGGAACUGGUUUUAGGUCAGAGAGACAUCAGGCAAAGCUGUGCUUUAGGGGGGGAUGCUUCCCAUGUCCUCACUGCAGUGUACCCCUGGCCACUGGAAGGGAUACCUUAGCUGUGGUGAGUGCUCUUCUCUUCCUCCUCUGGUUGUCCCAUACUGGGAGCAGGGAAUGCCUGGCUCUGCUGUGCGUGUUUUCCAGCCUCCCAUUAAUGGCUGGGCAGAGGUCCAUGGCCAAGGGCUGCAGUGCCAGCACUCCCCACAGCACCCACAGUGGGUUGCACCCCAUUCUCUGCUGGAGGGACCACACACCCCAGGUGGGCAGAACUGAUCCCUGCAUCCAUGGGAUCCAUGGAAUCCUGCUGUGCAAACCAGGCCAACCAGGGCACAUCAGCACUUUAUUUGUUGCAGUGGGAGCGCAGUCCUGCCUGCCUUGCACGCUGGCAGUUCCCACUGCUGCAGGCCUGAUCCCUGACAGAAGACAUAAAUAGCAUCUACUUAAUAAUACAAGUUUCCUUGAAGUUAGUUAAUUAAAUGGGUCUUUGCAGCCUUGUACGGAGUUUUGUAAGCCUUUUAUUGCCAUCUGUAAGUAUUGCAAGUGAAUUAUUGAUGAUGAAAGGCAAAGAUUUACAAAGGGAAUGGAUGCUGUGGGAGAUGCUCACAGCACGGCUGGAAACCUGUUGGAGUCGCAUCCUCCAAUUAGCCUGCUCUGUGAGGAUGAGAAGCUAAAUGAUGGUUGAGAGAAAGGCUUUAAUGUUGGCACAGGCACCUUGGUUCCCUCCUGGUCAAGCAGAGGAGCAUGGCCAUAGGCACUGGUGGCAGCGGUGAACAAGCUCUCUCCUUCCUUCCCCCUCUGCACUUUAAGCAACGCUCCCCAGUGUCACUUGGUUGGUUUUACAGCAGAAAUAACUUGUCUUUAGGUUUGGCCCUUGCCCGGUCUGGUUGGUCGCUCUCCAUCCCACUGUUCCACACCCAGAAGAGUAAUAAUGGUGAACCGAAACCUUCAUUUGGUAGAGAUGCCAGAUCCCAAGGAUCAAGUGCAAUUUGUAUGCUCUUUAUGUUUACAUUUUAUCGAUAGAGGAAGUCUAUUCUAGUUCUCUAGGCAGGGAGUUGAACCAACUUGAUUCUGGAUCCUCACCCCCAUUUCCCUGCUCUGGUCCUAUCCACUGGGAUUUCUAUCCUGUGCCGGGAUGCAGGGAGCUGUGCUGGGAGGUCAUUGCCGGAUAGGCUUGCACCACGAAAGCUCCAUGCAGCUGCUUUCAGGAAGGUGCAGGGAAGCCCAGGGCUUUGUGAUAAGGUGACGGAGUGCUCAGGGCCUGGGAAAUGGACUUAUCCAGACUCAUGGCUCUGAGUCCCUCUGGCAGCUGCUGUGGCCAUGCGGGCAGGGGUCCCUGCUCUCCCAGGGCUCUGCAAGGGGCUGGCAGCUCCACAGCUUCCCAGGCCAUUUGCUUGUGUAGAAUCAUGGAAUAGUCUGGGUUGGAAAGCACCUCCAGAUCAUCCAGUCCCAACCCCCCCCGUGCGGUUGUACAAUGCUAGAAUAGUGCAAGUAAAACUGAGACCAGCUUUCAAUCAUUUCUUUAGCGUUUCCCCCACUGAAUUAAGCUCCCUCCAUUCCCCAGCACAAUCAGACCUGAAGGUGUAAUUUCUUUGUCUGUGUCUCUCUGGCUGCUCCCAAAAGGCUUCCAGUGUUUAAUUACUUCUCUGACUUAUUCUGCUGGGAGCCUUGGACGUGGUGUUUCAGGAAGCUGGGUCUGUGAAUGGGACCGUGCUCUAAAUCAGCAGAAACAAGAGGUGUUUGCUUUGCUGGCCUCUCCUUCCAGAAAGAAAAGGAAAAGCACACGAUGGAAGUCUGCUUUCUAGCCUGGCUUGCAGCAAUAAACACUUUUAAUUGAGCUCCGCAUCAACACUGGAGAUAAUAAAAUGAGCAGAUUAAGCUGUAGAUUGUUGUUAUGAUUUUAGAAUUAACUUGCAGCCUCCCAGCACCUCUCUUUGGGGAAGCAUUCAAUGCCUUAUAAUUAAAUUAAUUAGCAGCACUCUUUUGAAGCUGCUUGACCGAGGGAAAUGGCUCACAAUGAGUUUGGUCUCUUUGGCCACCCAGCCUCUGAGAUGGUACAAGGCUCCUUCCUACUUCCCUUGGUGUGGGGAAGCCCUCAUCACAUCGGUGCUAGUAAGGGGUCAGGGCAGGCUGACCACACUCUCCCGGUGCAGCAGCGUUAUUGUUAAUGGGCUUGUUCAGAGAAGCGAGCAAUGAGUGUUCUGUAGUCUGUGGGCUUUGCUGGAGCUGAUAAAUGCAGUUACAUGAGGAUAUGAUUUUAGAUGCUCAGGCAGAGCGGAGGCCAGGUGUGAAUCAGAGGAGCAGAGCAAAUGUGCAUCUAAGCUCAUGUGUGGCCAGGACCAUUGGCUGUUCUUGCACAGUGGGUCUGCACUGGAAGGCAAUCCUGAUCCCAACAAUGUCCCGUUGGCUGUUGGUGCCUUGGCUUGCGAAGCAGGAUGCAGUUCCCAUCAUUGGAAGAGCAGGGCAGCAGCAUUGCUGUCAGCAGCCAGAAGGCUGGGUGCUUUUGGAGGGGCAGUGGCAAGGCCAAGGGGAAUGAAUGGCUUUAACCUGCCCGAGGGGAGACUGAGCUGAGCUCUUAGGCAGAAG